CAUGUCCCUCAAGAUCGCCGUCAUCGUUUGCAUGGUUGCUGUGGCCUUGGCUGAUCACCCCCCUCCUCCUGGCCCCUACCACCCCCAACAACGGCCCUAUCAUGGCGAACCAGACUACCCUGAUGUCCCACCCAAGUACACCUACAACUACGGCGUCGCCGACGGCUACUCCGGCGUCAACCUCGGUCACUCUGAAGCUCGCGACGGCUACAAGACCGAGGGCAGCUACGCCGUCGACCUCCCCGACGGCCGCAAGCAGAUAGUGAACUACGUGGACAACGGCGACGGUCUUAUUGCUGAGGUCACCUACGAGGGCGAGGCUCAGUACCCCGAGCACGCGCCCGCCUACAGGCCCGCUCCCCCAGCCUACCCUGCUCCCCAUGCGUAGAGAUAUAUGAAGACAACACAUCCAGUCAUUUCCAGCUUCAUUCCAGUGCCAUCUUUCCAUUGUCGUUUAAUGCAGUUGUUUGUUAUAUUCUCUUGAAAACGUUCAUUAAUAAAUGUUUCCUUCUAUGA